AUGUCGUUGACACUAAAGAUUAGGAUUGUCCGCGACAAUCAAGUCAAGGCCAUGAAGUUUGCUCCAACAAUGUUCGUGCAUGAGGCCUGUGCACAGAUCAGAGAGAGAAUCAAUGACAGCGGUGAGGACCAUGGUCUCUUCCAACCAGGCCUCGAAGGCAAGCGUCCAGCUCGCUGGUUAAAGUUGGACAAGCCACUCCAGUUCUACGACUUGAAGAUGAAUGAUGAGAUUGAUUACAAGAAGAAGCACAGAGCACUCAAGGUUAGAUUGAUGGAUGAGACUGUCAAGACCUUGCUGAUCGAUGACAGUUUGACUGUGGGCGAGAUCAUUGAGAUUGUCGGAAAGAGAAUAGGUAUCAAGAACCAUGAGGAGUUCUCCCUGCAGGCCGAGACUAGUGCAGGCACCACGACCGACUGGCUCAACCACACCCAGCCACUCCACGAGCAGGGCGUCAGCGACGAGGCCGUCGUGCUGCUCAAGAAGAAGUUCUUCGUCGACGACUUCAACGUCAACCGUGACGACCCAAUCCAACUCCAUCUCGUCUACGUACAGUCACGUGACGCCAUCGUCUCGGGUUCGCAUCCUUGCACCUACGAUGAGGCCAUCCAGUUUGCUGCCCUGCAGUGCCAGAUCUCACUGGGCAACCACAACACCAACCUGCACAAGGCUGGCUACUUGAAGAUCAAGGAGUACAUGCCACCCUCCUACCACAAGAAGAAGGACGCCGAGAAGGACAUCUACAAGGAGUUCAGAAAGCUGGUCGGUAUGACCGAGUCCAACUCCAAGUUCAGAUACGUCCAACUGUGCAGAUCACUCAAGACAUACGGUAUCACCUUCUUCCAGACAAAGGAACGUGUUAAGGGACAGAAGAAGCCUGUACCAAAGUUGCUUGGUAUCACCAGAGACUCAAUCUUGCGUCUGGACGCAGAGACAAAGGAGGUCGAGCAUGAGUACCCACUGAACCAUCUCCGUAGAUGGGCUGCCUCACCAGCUUCGUUCACUCUGGACUUUGGUGACUACGAGGACGACUACGUCAGUGUGAUCACCACUGAGGGUGAGGCCAUCUCACAGUUGCUCGGAGGUUACAUUGAAAUCUUGAUGAAGAAGAGAAAGGACACAUCUGUCGUCAUUGAGGAGGGCGACACUGACAUUGCCAACGUUGAGUCCCUGGGCCGCAUCAGAGGCCAGGCCUCCCAGACAUCCACCUCCUCAUCGCUGUCUGGCUUUGAUGGCGCUGGUGGUCGCGAGGGCCAGUACUCGGUGCCAGGCCAAUCGAUUGGCUACCGUGGCGGCCUCGGAGGUCCCCUCUCCAUCAAGGUCACCAACAUCGACUCUGCCUCUGCCGCCGUCGCCAACCUCCUCAACGAGAUGGAGCUGGCACCAGACAGCGUCAUUGGCCAAAAGUCUGCACUCACCCCACAGCAAUGGCGCCAACAGCUGGCCAUCCAUGCCAAGGCUGUGGCUGCCGCCGCCGGCAAACUGCUCGGCAACUUGAACAAUCCCAACGGAAUGGACCGUGGCAUGAUGGACCAGAACGCACGUGACAUUGCUCUGACCAUCGACCAAUUGGUGCACGCUGCCCGUGCUGCCUCCAUUGCCGCCGGUGAGGACCCCGACGGAGAGAUGCCUCUCUUUGACGGUGCCAAGGCUGUUGCCGAGGCCAUCUCCAAGCUGCUAAGAGCCACCAAGGAUCUGGCUGCCAACCCCAACGACGAGAACGCCAGAAACCUGGUCGCCCAGGCUGCCGAGCAGCUCAGACUUAUGACUGCCUACCUGGACGGUGCAUGCUCCGGACAGAUCACCGACCCAGGCACGACCAAGUUGCUCCAGGAGGCUGGAAAGGCCAUUGCCUUUGCCACCCAGGAGCUGGUCAACCAGUCAAACCAAUACUCCACCUCAAUCACCGAUCCAAUCAGACGCAACCAGAUGCAGAGCGCCACCGACGAGACUGGCAAGGCUGGUGUUGUUGCCGCUGCCACCGCCCAGGCACUGGCCCCAACCAUCUUGGAUCCAAACUGCCGCAAGCAGUUCAAUCAAUCGGCCAAGGCCGCUCAGGACUCAAUUAACUACCUGAUUGCCACAGCCAAGUCCUCCAACCUGGACCCAGCCUCGCUGGAGAAGUUGAGACAGCGUGCCAAGCAGAUCGCCGACGCCUACGCCUAUCUCUUGAACUCUGCCGAGUUGGCCCAGCCAAGAAGCGGUGACGACGUUGAGUUCUCCAACGCUGCCAAGCAGAUUCUCUCUUCCACCGCCCAGAUGCUCGGUGCCCAGGGUCGCCCAGAUGUGAUCAACGGCGCCAGCAAGUCGAUCGAGGAGGCUAUGGUGCACCUGAUCGCCGGUGCCAAGCGUGCCACACUCAAGACCGACGACCCAGCCGUCCGUGACAGACUUAUCCAGUGCUCCAAGGCUGUCGCCGAGGCUGCUCGUCACCUUGUCGAGGUUGCUCAGCUGAGCGCUGAGAACCCAGACGACAGAGUCACCUUUGCCAAGCUGCAAGACGCCUCCAAGCGUCUCGCCAUGGCCACCAAGCAGUUGGUCGGCGAUGCUGGCAAGGAGGAGGCCUACCAGGCUUUGAGAACCAACGCCAAGCUUGCCUGUGCGGCCACCACCGGUCUGAUCACCACUAGCAAGAUUGUGUCUCCAGUUCUCCCAGAUCAGGAUGCAGCCCGCAUCCUCAACGCCAUUAACAAGGCCACUCAUGAGAUUGCCGACUUGGUUAACUCAAUCAACGUCUCACAGUCCAGACCAAACGACAUCUCUGCACAGAACCAAUUGAUUGAGAAGGUCAAGGUUGCCGCCCCAAUCGCCUACCAGUUGGUGGCCGAUGCCAAGGGAGUCAUCCCCAGAGUACAGGACCCAAUCCUCAAGUCUGAUCUCACCAACUCUGCCAACACCGCGUCGGACGCCCUCAAGGCUCUCUUGGACUCGAUCCAAGACCUGUCGUCCACCGUCGGUCAACAGGACUUUGAUGAGGCUUUGGAGCAGGUUCAAGCUCUCGAGGCCGAUAUGGAGGCUCAGUCAUACGCUGCCCAGUCCGGUCUUCUCCAGAACAUUCCAGGCCAGACCCGUGAGAACGCUAUGGAGCUCCUGAAUGUCGCCGCAAGAUCGCUCGGCAACACCGCCAAGCAGGUUUUGAUGCAGUACAAGACUGCCCCAGACCAGCUCGGAGGCACAUGCAAGGACUUGGCCGGCUCAGUCGCCCAGGUCACCAACGCUGCCAAGGCAGUGUCGGCUGCUUCCCAGAACAGACAGGUGCAACGCGCUGUCCUCGGUGCUGCUAAGCAGAUCACCACUGAGUCUGCCAACUUGGUCUCCUGUGCUCGUGCUGUGGCCUCCAACCCAGGUGAUGCCCCACUCGAGUCUGCAUUGCAAUCAUCCGUCAAAGCUAUUGCUGAGGCUUUGGCCGCCCUGCUCGCCACAUCAAAGGGUGGAGACCCAGGUGGAAAGGAUCUCGAUGAUGCUAUUGAGACCAUCAAGAACGACAUCAGACGUAUCAACAACCCACCAGUCAACCUCGGUGGUGAGUACGGUACCAACAGCGAGAAGGCCAUCUCCUCAUCCAAGGCCCUGCUUGCCUCCUCCUCGCAGACCACAGCCAAUGCACGCAGCAACCCAUCGGCACUUGGAGCAUCAUCCAAGACCACCGCUUCAACCUACUCACAGUUGGUCGACACUUGCAAUGCUGCCACAGGCUCAUGCCCCAACAAGAGCUUGGCCGCCGAGACUGCCAAGCUUCUGGCUCUUCUCGGAGAUGGCUGCAUCAAGCUGCUGCACGCCAGUCGUUACGCUGCCGCUCGUCCAGGCGAGGGUGAGAAUGAGUUGAUCAACACACAGAACAAUGUAAACAACUUGGUCAAGUCACUCGUCCACACCAUCCAGUCGGCCGUCCCAGGUCAGGCUGACAUUGCUGAGGCCAUCGAGAUCGUCAAGCAGUGCAUCGUCCAGCUCAACACUGGCGAUAUCAACCACGCAAUCCGUGCCGACGCCCUCAAGGUGUUGACCAAGCACGCCAAGGACCUCGCCGAUCACAGCAGCCAGAUCGUCAACUCCAAGACUCAGUCAGAGAAGUUGGGUGCCAACUGCAAGAGAGCCGCACUGGACCUCAGAGACAUUGUCGAGAGUGCCAAGUCCGCCAUCUAUGCCAACACUGGCAAGGACCACCACAACCCAGACAACGUCACCUCUCUCGCUGGCAAGGUCGGCACUGCCACCGCAGCUCUCGCUCAGUCGUGCCAGAAGAAGACUCUGAACGAGCAGGACAAGAAGGAGGCUGCCGUCAACGCCAAGAACCUCGCUCUCUCCGUGCCAAACCUCAUGAACGCUGCACGCAAGCUCUCCUCGCAGGCACUCACCACUGGCAACACCGAGAAGUCCAAGCAAAUCCUGCUUGAGGCUCAGAACGUUGCCAACGGAACCACCAAGCUUGUCAACAUUGCCAAGUCUGUUGCCUCUGGCCAGGUCGCACCAGCCGACCAGCUGACCGCCGCUCGCCAAGAGGUCACCAACUUUAUCCGUGAGCUCCUCAAGGCUGUCGAGGGAGUCGACGCUGCACAGACCGUGACCAUCGACGUUGACUCUUUGUCCACCUCUGAGCAGGCUCUUUUGGACGCCUCGCGCUCAGUCGCCAACUCGAUGUCCCAGUUCAUGGCCGUCAGCAAGAGCGUUUCCACCGGCACAAAGGACGCCAACGUCCACCAGCACUUCUCAGCCGCCUUCGCAGUCCGUGUCGACCGCCGUCCAACAGUUGUUGGUCGCCAUCAACGGCAUGAAGCCAGAGCAGAAGGACAUCGACGAGUCGAUCGAGAUCAUCCAACAGGCCGUCGUCGACCUUGA